AAAGACAGCAUGCUAGAGGGGCAGAAAAAGACAGAGAGCAAUUCAACCUGCCCCUGUAACAGCACGAUGUGAGCUGCUUACAGCAAGCUGUCAAGGGUGGAUUGCAUUUUGCCGUUGAUACAUUUGGGUAAAGCAAAUAGAGAGCAGGGUGAUCACAAAAAUGCUGGUGUGAGGAGAAGAGAUGAGGACGUUUAUGUGGAGCUGAGAUGAAAUCUGGAAGUGCACAUGCCCAUUCUGCGUUUGCAUGUGCAGUUUGUGUGGAGGACACAAGUAAAAGAGAGGCAGAGAAGAGGAUGUGUCAACACAGUAAAGGGAAACACAUUGUGAAGCAGAGGAAGUGAUGUCUGAGGUUGAAACUGUGCUCUGCUAGCUUCACACGUCUGCACGUCAUUGCUGGCUUGCAUUCGCAUACAUGCACACGCAACCAGACGCACACACAGACGCCCAGCCACCGCAGACCUUUGCUGAGGAUGUGCACUAGAUGAAGACAGACAGACAGAGGAGAUGGAGACAAAGACUAUGAGGGAAUGAGCAAAGAAAAUCCGAUUUAAAAAGGAAUACAGUGGAGGAUGCAGCCGUGGUCUCUGAGGGCACAGAGCUUGUGGUCGGCCGUGAACAGAGAGUCACAACGAGGCGUACCUGACUCAGAAUAAACCAGCCUGGGAAUCCAAUUUCAGUCAGUCCACGUACAAUCAUAGUCAUUCUGCUGGAUGCUUCCUAUAACAUUAAUGAUGGGAGUAAUCCUGUAUGUUAGAACUUAAGAUGUUUACAGAGAGAUUGAAAUCAUCUCUGGAGCCUGCACGGCUGUUAUUUUAUUCCAAGGCAGAAGGUUGCGCUCAGCCCUUCUGAAUAUUUUAGUGAAUGAGGAACCUAUCAAACGGAGAUCGGCUGGCAGCGCUGGAGAAUUUCAGUGUUCAUGGCUAGAACAGAAACAUUUGUUUCGGUCACUUGAGUUCCCCAGAAAGUCCCCAAGACUUAUUCAAACAGAUGCAGUAAUUUGGUAGGGAGGCGUAAGAAAAGGGGCAAGGGCAACUGAAAAGUGAGAGCUUCCCACAACUUCAAAUCAUGCAGUCAGAUGAUCUCUUCAUCCGCAAGUUUCGCAGGCAGAGUCCACGCCCGCCCCUAGCGAGAGUGAACUUUGACUCCAAGCAGGAUGGCGGUAGCGUGCGGACACGAGUCGUGGCAGAAUGGCCUCCUAGGAGAGAGGGAGAGGGAACAAACAGCGAGAGCGUCACACCCAGCGCAGCUGCGCUGAAUCUGAGGACAGUAGGUCGUGGGCACAUAAUGCAGCGCAGCAACAGUGACGUCACCCUUGGAGAUUUGGAUUCAGCGGGGCAAGUUGGGAGGAAGUUGCUCCGAGUAGGGGGGGACAAAUCGGGGACUGCGGGGCAGGGUGAGUCCCUCCACCGAGAGUACGGCAGCCUGUCCUCGCUAGAAAGACAAACCCAGUCUGUAGAUCCCGGUGUGGAAGAUCAAGGUGUUCUCAGUCCCAAUGCCUUGCGCUUUAAAGAUCCGUUCAUUCUGCUGGGUCUGCAAGUGGAACUACCUGAGGUGGAUGGUGUGUUUCAAGGAAACUGUGCUCCAGCAGCAGACACGUCGAAACCGGCUAAGCCCCCCAAACCAGAGGGGUUAGGUAAAAAGGCCAAACCGUCCUUUCCUCAGACCCUUCAGUUUUCCUGUGACCAAGUCCCAGGUGGUGCUUGGGUGCGCAACUUUGCACACUAUGACGUACAGAGCAUCCUGUUCGACCUGUCAGAGGCUGCCACCAAUCGGGACAGCAUUGGACGCAAGAAGAACAUCACAUCCGGUGCGUCAGCAGCCUCUCAGCUCCGUCCGCUCUCACAAUCCACACCUUCCUCAGUUUCUCAGGGCGGAGGGGGCAGCUCAGGAAGCGGCACUAGCUUGGAAGAUGCAGAGCAGUCCUUGCUGGAUGAAGGAGAUGGGAACGAUAAUGAUCUCUUGCUCAGCUGUCCUCACUUUCGGAAUGAGAUGGGUGGCGAGGAGAGCGUGGGGCUCGGCCUGCCGCGGGCCGGCAGGUGCAGGUGGAGGAGUCUUCAAAGUCCCAACAAUGCUGUGUCCGUGCUAGAGGAGCCCAGGGAGAGCCACGUCCAGUCACAGGGGAAAAGUAUCUACUUCAUAGAGCAUGCAGACCUAGGGGCUCGGUACUAUCACAAGUAUUUCUUCAUGAAAGACCAUCAGAAUUUUUUUGGCAUGGACGAGCGUUUGGGGCCGGUGGCCGUCAGUUUCCGCAGGGAGGAAAAAGAGGGAUCAAGUGGGUCCCAGUACAACUACAGAAUCAUUUUCAGGACCACUGAACUGAAGACUCUGAGAGGUUCAAUCCUGGAGGAGUCCGUUCCCUCCGCAGCGCGCCACACCACGCCACGCGGCCUUUCUCCCAAGAGACUGCUGGAGUUUAUUUUGCCUGAUCUCAACCUGCAUUGCCUCAGACUGGCCUCCACGUCCCCUAAAGUCAGAGACACGCUCCUCAAACUGGACGAGCAGGGGUUGAAUUUCCAGCGUAAGGUGGGCAUUAUGUACUGCAAAGCAGGACAGAGUACUGAAGAGGACAUGUAUAACAAUGAGAGCGCCGGACCAGUGUUUGACGAGUUUCUGGACCUUCUUGGAGAGCGAGUGCGACUCAAGGGCUGGGAGAAAUACAGAGCUCAACUAGACACCAAAACCGACUCCACCGGCACACACUCACUGUAUACUCGCUACCAGGAUUACGAGAUUAUGUUCCAUGUCUCCACCAUGCUUCCAUACACACCCAACAAUACACAACAGUUACUGAGGAAGAGGCACAUAGGAAACGAUAUCGUCACAAUAGUCUUCCAGGAGCCAGGUGCUUUACCCUUCACCCCCAAAGCCAUUCGUUCUCACUUUCAGCAUGUGUUCAUCAUUGUCCGAGUACAUGAGCCCUGCACCGAAAACACCUAUUACAGAGUUGCAGUAACUCGUUCCAAGGACAUCCCUCUCUUUGGUCCUCUCUUCCCUAAAGGUGCGCGCUUCCCACGUUCUCCUGCCUUCCGUGACUUUCUCCUCGCCAAAGCCAUUAACGCAGAGAAUGCCGCGGAGAAAUCUGAGAAAUUUCGCUCUAUGGCCACACGCACGCGGCAGGAGUACCUGAAAGACCUGGCAGAAAACUACGUCACCACAACGCCCAUUGAUUCUUCCACCAAAUUCCCCCUGCUGUCGUUGGGCGGGAAGCGCAAGGAGAAGCUUAAGGGAGCUAAAGGUGCAGAGCUUCACAGCGCUGGUGCUUUAGUGUGGGCCGUCACCAUCGUUCAGGGUGGCGAGAGCAACGGUCUCAGCCUGUCCUGUCUGCUCGGUGUGUCGGCGGAGUCGGUCGUGCUCAUAGAGCGCUCCACACGAACCGUCGUAUUCAACUGCAGCUGCCGUGAUGUGAUCGGCUGGAAGGCCGUGACCGAGCCUGGAGUUCAGGGUGGCCCCUCCCUGGAUAUCUUCUACGAGAGGGGCGAGGCGGUGACUGUGACGAUGUCAGAAAGCCAAGUUGAGGAUAUUAAGGAGGUUGUCCAGAGACUGGAGCUGGUGACGCGAGGCUGUGAGGCGCGUGAGGUCACUCCCCUGCGGGACGGUGUCGGCCAGCCGGGCUUCCUGAUGAGCGAGGAAGGCUUCGUAACGGAGCUCCAGCGGUUCGGAUAUGCGGAAAGCGGCGGGCUGCAGCUGGGGGCUCGUGUGGUUCGUCUCUGUGGGCAGGUCCUGGUGCACCUCAGCCUGGAAGAGCGGAGCCGACUCCUCCGUACGGCUCAAAAGAUCCACAUCACCGUCAUUCCUCCAGACGAGAACGGAAAACCACGCAGGAGUUUCUCUGAGCUCUACCAGAAGGCCAUCCAGGACGCAGAGAGCAAAUCCGGAGAGGGACGGUCAGGCGAGGCCUGGGUUGUGGAUGAAGACGAUGAGGAUGUGGUCGAUGGUGGCGGAGGGGAGAAAGAGGAGAAGAAAGAGAUUGAAACUAAGGUGUCAGACAGUGAAACUCCAAAGCAGGAGAUAGAUGAAGAGCAGAUGGGAUUUCCGGAGCCCAUGGAAACAGAUUCGCUCCUUUCCCCUCCCAGCCUGCCGCUUUUGCGGGCGACUUCCCUGCAGGACAGCAUGAAGAGUCAGACCCCUGAAAUCACGCCCGUCUCUCUCACACGGAGCUACUCGCUAGAAGGACGCCCUCCGUACCAGGACAUCAUUGAAGGGCAUGUAUAUGAUAACGUGGGGCUGAAAACAGACAGACACAUCUAUGAAAACCCUGGAGAGCUUCGGGACGAGACCCCUGACCUCAUACUGGCAGUCAAACCCAAAGUGCCUCUGGAGCAAGAGGAACAGUUUGUGUGUGAUCAGGGGCCUGAGGAGCCGUCGGUCAGUGAUGUGACCAUGAGAACCUCCUGCAUGGAAAGUGCAGAAAGAAACUCCAGAGCUCUGAGCCUCCAUAAUUCCAUCACGAAGAUUCUUUCGGAGACGACAGAUUCAUCUGAAGAAGAGUGGCAGUCGAUUUCUGAUCUGGCCACCGCCUGUCGGAACAUUCUGGAAGCUUUGUCUCGAGAAGACCGAAAGUCGGGAGAUGGAUCACAAGCGUCCCCAGACACACAGCCAGGUCAGACAGAAACCAGGUUCAAAGAUUUCAAGGACAGUGACUCGCCUGGUCACCUUGAGGAGAAAGUGUCCCAGUUAGAGGCCAUGCUGAAGCGACUGCAGGACGACCUCCAAAAGGAGAAGGAGGACAAGGCAAUGCUGCAAGCAGAGGUGCAAAGUCUCAGGCAGAACAACCAGCGAUUGCAGGAGGAGUCCCAGAGUACCGUGGCACGGCUCAUUAAGGUCACCGAACUACUCUGCAACGUCAACAAACCCUGCUAGCAUCGAAGGCCAAACCAUGGCAGCAAGAAAGAUCAGCAGACACAUGAAAAGGCCAAUGAAAAUGUUAGCAAAUCCCUAAAAAUGUCUUUUAAGUGACAAGAAUAUCGACAAGCCUUACUAGAACAGUGCACGAAAACAAACUGGUCGGCUUAAGUCAAAUUAUACCUACUAUAAUUAACAUCUCUGUUACACCCUAAAAGGUUUUCAGGGCUAGACUGACAUAGUCCCAUCACUGUGACAGCUUGAUAACAAUGAUAGCCUCCGGUGCAAGAUCUGAUCUCAUAGGAAACUUUUAAUCAUUGGCUAAUGUUGUUCAAAAACAUCGGACUGUCCAAAAGCCAUUAUUUGCAACCCUCAGACUUGUCUUUGGAAAACAUUUAGUGACAUAAAAUGUUCAAAAUCAUAUUAUCUUUAAGUAUUUUUCAUCAGAUUCCUACAUAGCGAACCGGAUGGUCACAAACAAACGAACGUGUCCAGAUAGCGAGCAAUACAUUCACCUUAUUUGUGUUAGAACAGGUGGCUUCAGACCAUGUACUUCAGUGUAUAUACUAGAGGAAAAUUAUUAAAAUGUCUGUGUGAUUGUAACCCUCUAUUAACCUUCACAGUAUCAUAAAUAGGUAGAGCCCGUUUUAACCUUUUCUCUGUUGGCAAUGGGUUAAAGGCUUCCUGCUUACCUCUAGAGUGAAUGUGGUAAUAAAAUAAGACCAAGAGCGAUGCAAACCGAUGAUGAAAAUCAUAAAAUGCAUUUGAAUGCAUUUUGGUAAACUUGGUAAAGUUUUGUUUUAGACUACCCUUGUGAAAAAGAAGUGUGCUUAAUUGUGUUAAAUGUGCGCUUUAAAUCUUAAAAGUGUAUUUAAAAAAAAAUGGUACUUACAGAUAAUAUAAUAUUAAUGAAAUAAGACCACUUACUGUAAGUGUACUUAAAGAGAGACAUUUUCAUGACUACUUCUUUACAGUUUUCUUUUGAAGUCCAUUUUUAAAAAUCUUUUGCUGUGCUUUAAAGAAGUACACUUAUUUUGAUGUUUUGACUAGCAUUUUAAAGCACAUGUAAUGUUCUUGUUUAUAACGGUAGUGUUAAGUUAAUACAUUUUAAAUGUACUAAAUUAUAAAUGUGUAAUUAAUAAUAUAUUUAACUAAAUGACAUAUAAGUUUCAAUAGAAAAAGCAUUUUAUUUCAGUUUAUCAUAUAUGUUUGUCGGUACAUUAAGCAGUACUUUAACCAUAUUUCAAAAACAACAGAAGUAAUUAUGCAAAAACAUAUAAAAUGUAAUUAAAUCCUUCUUAAGUGGGUCAGAAGAGCACUCUGAAGUGCUUUUUGCAUUGAAUCUAAAUGAACUGCAAUUAACUGCAGUUGCAUUGAUUAUGACGUUUUAUUUUUAUUGAUUACAAGUUUUAUUUAUCCUUUAUUUUACCUAAGGUUAGGUAUUUUUAGAUAGGUUUGCAUACGUAUAAAUCACAUCACUAUAAUCCAGCACCAAACGGAAACAACUUCGGAUAAUUCUCUUUUUAACUUCAAUGGGAAAACAUUUUUUUUAAUGAAAGAGAAAGGCCUGAGAUUUUGAAUUUGAAUAUUAAAAUCCACCUUACAUCAAGCCAUAUGCUCAGGUAUUGAUAGCAAUUAACUCUUUCUAUACAGUCCCCUUAAAAGCAAUUGACUUGCACACUUUAAGUUUGUUCUUUUACAGUACAUAAUAUCUGUAAUAAGUACUUAGAAUUAAUAUAUAUACAUCUUUUUCACAAGGGUACAAAGUGUGAAAUAAAUCAAAAUGAUUUUCUGUGGUUAAUCGACUUGAACCUGUAAUGUUCUUAAUUAAUUCCUGCUUUAAACAGCCACUUGAAUUUACAAUUCAGGCAUCAGAUUUCUGCACUGGAAUAAUUCACUGGACAUAUUUUGUAUAUUUUAUGACACAUACCAGAGACAAAAUGCUCAUUUCAUGCCUUGUCACAGCUGUAGAACUGUCCAUUUGGAUGUUAGUAAUGGAACAAAGUGUCUUGACGUGAUCUUUGAAAUUCCUUCUGUAUUUUUUUUUUCUUUUGAGAAGAGUGAUGUGAAGCCUUAUGCCUGAUCCCACUGAAUCUGAACGAGCCUUGCAAACGCCUGCUUGAAGAAAAAGUAGGGCUCUUGAUUUGAGAAGAAAACAGUUCUUAGUGUUAAGUUAUUAAGGGAAGCAUGACUUCAAAUAGAGCAUUUCUAUUUAUAAAAAAUGCAGCCAAUUUGAUUCAAGUGUUCUCAAAAAAUUUAAGAGACAACAAGCCAGGCCAGUUCUACUUUGUUCUCACACAAAUUGCCUAGAGUGCUUUAUGCUGAAUUGUGAGAUGGCACAUAUUUAUAAGACUGCUAUUUUGUGUCUUUGAUUUUCCGUACUGCACCCGAAUAUCACUCUUUACCUCACCUAAAGGUGCACCGAUAAUGUGACGAGAAGAAGAGCAAAAUGACUGGACUCUUGCCUGCACACACACCCACGAAACAUGCCGGACUUGAAACGAAACGCACGGCACCACCGCGAACCGACAUGCAAACGGACCCGAAAUGUUAAAUAACCAUCCUCCGGCAUUACUGUACGUCAUACGUGUCUUCUCCCCUCCAAAUGUUUUUUUAUUUUAGAGUCACUGUGAUAACCUGGUACCAGCAGAUUCUGAUGUAUUACGAUGAAAUUAUAAAUCUAUAUCUUUAUUCCUCUCUGUGAAGAAGUGUAGAGCCAAAAUAAGUGUUACUUCCCUCUGAUGUGUGUAAAUCUGUAUCCAGACAGAACUGGAGUUUGCUGAUUAGUUGUUGCCAUUAGUGGAGAACUUGUUGAGUUUGAUGAAUGCAGACAGACAGGAAGUACGCUGAUGCAAUUAAUGCAUUUUGUGAGAUUUACUUAGUAAAAGAGCAAUGUAAAAGAACUAUUUCCUGUUCAUCUGUGUGCGACAUAGUCUUUUAGAUCGUAGGAGGCUGUGAAAGCACGCGAGUGCGACGAGCAAUUUCUAAGCCACCUUCUGUAUCUGUGUAUGUAUUUAUAAAAAUGUAAUAACUUAUUAAUCUUGAAAAUGUGGAUGUUAUUGCUAGAUAUGUAUAUCUGAACUGGAAGGGAUGCAAAUUUGUGAGCCAAUGAAUGUUUUUUUUUUUUAUUAUUAUUAUUAUUUCAAAUUGUAAGAAUAUUAAGGCAUGACAUGAUAGCAGGUCAUAUUUUGUUUUACUGGAAUAAUAACAAUCCUUAAAACAUUUUCCGUAGUGGAGACUUUACACUGGAAAGGAACCGUGGCUGCUUGAAAAAUUGUGUGAGACAUUCCAUCUUUUCAUGUUCUUAACAAUUUUAUCAUUAUUUUUUUAUCAUCAAAGCUGUAUUGUAAAUUUACCUUUUUGUUCGAUACUGAACUGUUUAAUCCUUGACUGCUGUGGCGACCCAAGUGGUUUCCAGUUAAAAAUAACUUUCAGUUGUUAUUUAUGGAUUGAAUCAGGAUGCUUCAUCAGCAGAACCUUUCUGAAAAAAAUCUAAACAAAAAAAACAAAAACAAAUGCAUUUAGGCUAAAUUACUAUCAAACACACUUGGUUAAAUGUAUUUUAAAGGAACAGUUUGUAAAUGUCAAACUAAUCCUUGUCUUUUUUUUUUUAAUGGUAUGGUGUUUUAUGAAGCCAUAAAUGCUUUUCAUCAUAUAGUAAUGCUUUACCGUUUGAUUUACUGUAUGUUACAAUUCAGUUUUACUGUUGUUUACAAAAUGUUGGUCCUUUGGUUUUAAAUGUGAUGCUUAUAUUAUGCACUGAAACAUCUGUAAGGUCUUUUAAAGCACGGCCUGCUUUCACUGGAACAAAGCCACAGUCACUCCAGGAAAUCAAGCCAUGCAAAUCAUGCAGAUAAACUUGGAAAAAUGCGAGUGGAUUGUUGUAGUGCCAAAUUUUGCGUCGUUCCACUACAACUGUGGUAUUUGCAGACUGUGCAUUUAAAAGCCUCUUACAAACUAUCCAAAUUACUCCUAAGAAUGUGCAUUUUUCACCUUUCUAGAUGUGUUGCUUUUUUAUGUCAUGUUGCUAGCCAUGUCAUGCCCGAGGACAGAUUUACAGAGUAAGCUUAGUCCCUAUUAGUAGUUAUUAUUAUGUCAACGACUGUUCUAAAUUGCCAAAUCUGCCAAUAAAUAGCAUUAUAUCUACCAAUCCCAUUAAUGAUCAGCUCCCAAAACAGAAUCACUAGUUAGCAGGCACUUUUAUAAAUAAGUAUUGUCACAUAAAACAAAAAAUGUAGGUGUAUGGCAAACCACAAACCCACACACUAUGCACACUGGUCUAUGAUAUCCGGAUAGAAUUAUGACUGGACCGACAGGAAUACGCCGUCCAGUAAAAACAUACAAAGAAAUGGUAUGGUGAUCACUCACUGGAGCUAUACUUGUUUCUUUUAACUAAUAGGGAUUGAUGACAUAUUGUAUUUGUGAACAUGAGGGAUCCUGGCAAUAAAAACUGAACUUGUUUCUGUACGA